CAAAAUUCGUUUGUCAAAUUACAUAUAAUUUUGCAAUUGAUAUCCAUUAAUUAUGAAAAAGUAGAAUCAGUAAUUAAAUUUCAAAUUACUCAAAUUAAAGUAAACAGAAUGCAUUUCCAAAUUUUUUUGUCACUUUUUUCAUUUUCACUUUAAAUAUGCAAGAAAUAUUAAAUUGAAAGUUUGUAAUUUCUGCAUGUUUGCGAACUUUACAAUUUAAAAUAUCUCUGUUGAAGAAAACGUUGUGUCUAUUUCGCCUGUUUGCCUGUGGACGAAGCAAUAGCGGUAGCAAUCGUCAAUAUCAUUCUAGAUGAUGAUGAUGAUGAUGUUGUGGAAGAGGAAGAGGAGGAACUUCUCCAUUUAUUAGCUUUGUUGGUAUUUUUCUUCGGGGAUAAGGUCCGACAUAUUCCCAAGACUUUAAAUUACUUUGAGCAAGUGAUUCCUCUAUUUUCACUGUCAGAUUUUCAAUCUCAUUUUCGGAUGACAAGGGGAACUUUUGAGCGUUUGAGCCAGAUUUUGGGACCGUAUUUAAAUACUCCGCAAUCAAAUGUACCGGUUGAAAAAAAACUGUUACUCUCCAUAUGGACUUUUGGAAACCAAGAAGUUUUUAGGUUUUUAAAUUAAAGUUGAUUCGAUACAUAUAAAUAAAUGCUUCUUCUAUAAAAUUUACAUUGGAAUUUCACAGAAAGCAAAAUAAUUUAAUUAACUUAAAGUACUUUAUCACAAUUUUAAAAAAAACCCAUUUUUACCCACACUGGAAUUUCAUGAAUCCGAUAAAUUCUGAUUACUAAAAAUCUAUUAAUACUUUUAAUUUCGCUCAGCUUAAGUGUAUAAUUAUUAAAAUCUAUUGUCGAAAGUAAAAAUUGGUCUUAUAGAUCAGUAGCUGAUAGGUUUGGUGUUUCCAAAUCAACGGCAUGGAUUUGCGUCAUGCACAUCGCUAACUUACUUUGCGAACUAGCCCAUAAAUUUAUUCAGUGGCCCACAGGAGAGAUGAUUAGAAGUAAUCAGGAAGAGUUUCUACUAAUAGCUAACUUCCCAGGAGUUCUUGGAUGCAUUGAUGGGUGUCAUAUUAGAAUUAGUGCCCCACAUGACUAUGCCGACAUUUAUUUCAACAGAAAAGGAUUUUAUUCAAUAAAUAUGCAAGCGAUUUGCGAUGCACAUAUGCUCUUUAUUGACAUUUACGCAGCUUGCCCCGGAAGUGUCAAUGAUGCGCGCGUAUGGACAUUAAGUACCAUAAGAGAAAAAAGUCUUCGAAAUUAUGAGCAUUAUUUUCCCGAACAGACCCAUAUUCUCGGGGACAAAAUUUACUCUGUACUGUUUAAUUUAAUUCCACCCUUUAAAGAUUAUGUCAAUAUGCGAAUAAGGGAGAGGCAUUUUAAUAAAAUUCAUGCCCGAACGCGCCAAGUAAUAGAGAGAGCCUUUGCGUUGUUGGUGGCUCGUUUUAGACGAUUAAAACAUCUCUAUUUACAAAACGUUGCAUACGCGUCUUUAAUUAUUCUUGCGUGUUCUUGCCUACAUAAUAUAUGUCUCUCAUUGGAUGAUCGACUUGCAGAAGAAAUAAUCCUUAAUAUUGAUGCUGAUGAACUUGAUAAUGUUGAAGACGUCGAAAAUGAUGACGAUGUUCUGCCGGAAAAUGUCCCAUUUCAUCCGGAAUUAAAACGACAAAUAAUUGUCGAUGAAUUGUACCUUAACCAUUGAAGGUAAUGCUCAAUUAGCUUGUGAUGAAGUCGGAUCUCCUUCUUACAAUAGCUAAAGAUGUUUUAAUCAUGAUUGAAAAUUAAUCCUUUGAUAUAUAUCAUACACAUUUUUCACUAAUUUCGAGACUGAAAAAAUGUGCCAAAAAGUACCUCGAGUAUUAAAUGUGAUUCACAUUCUCUUUCUACUUCUGUAUUUUUUUAUUCUUCAACGGGAUCAUACAUCGUGGCACAUCUAACUCGCAAAGGCAUUAUCAUAAUCAUCAGAAGAAAUUAUAUUUUGGAAAAGAAGAAGAAGAAGAAGUAGAAACUUUAUAAAUCUCAUCCACAAGAGCAAUGAAUUUAAACUUUUUCUGAUAAUAUUCAUGUGUUUUAGAUUAUAUUUAUGUCAAUGUAUAUACAAGGUCAAGAAAAAAAGGAAUAUAAAAAAAAUUGCAAUUUUAUUUUUCUAAAAUGUUAAUUACUUGCAUAAAGUCUUUUAUGUAAUUUGUCUGAUUUUUUUAAAUAUCAAUUUGAUGAUGGAAGUUAUUGUGAAAGAAAAAAAACAGUAAAUUUAUUGUGAUAAGAAGAAAAAAAAAUUAUAGUACAUAUGAUAGCUCUUCUGAUAAGAGAUUUUUGUCUUCGUUUUUGAAGAUGUAUGGUAAAGACUUGUAAAAAAAUUUCAUGUGAUAUUUAGUCGUAAAGAACAACUUAAAUUGUAAUUUAUUUUUUAUGUAUUACUUUCACGAGCGCUAUUGUAUAAGUCAAUCGUAUCGAAUGUUUGCUUGUAUGAAGUAAAAUAAUAGUUUGUCUUUAAAGAAACGGUUCAGAAAAUUUUAAUCUUUUUUUAUUUCUACGGUUAUGGUUUUCAAUUAUGUGACAGACCGAUAAAAACGUUUUGUGAUAUAGUUUUUAAGUUAAAGCUGAUCAAUGAUUAUAUGGGCAAAUCCACAGAACCGGCCGAUUUCAUGUUACUCACAUAUUUUUCUAUUUUAGAAGUAUAUUAAUUAUUUUCAUACUUCAACCAUUUUGUAAUAUCUCUGAGAACCUAUUGAAAUAAGAAAAUUGAAUAAAUGUGAACCUUCUAGUCUUUUAUAAAAAAUAAAAUCGAAUUAAGUAACUUAAAAAAUGAAAUUUACGGUGUUACUCCAGGUAUAAAUUUUAAUUCUUAUAGGUAUAACUUGUUCGGCAUAGAUCCGAACAAUUCCAAACUGUGGUGAAUUAUAGUUUACUUAUUGAAGAAUGUUUUGAAAGUAAUAAAAAAUAUGUGCUCUUAAAUAAAAAGAAAUGAUAGUCGUUGAAAGUAGCGUUACUCAUUAUUUUAUAAUAAUGAAAUGUCUAUACAUUUUUGUAAAUAUCAUUUGCGGCGAUUAUUCAAUUUGAAUUUUUCAAAUUGGAGCAUAUUGCUUGUGAACAGACGAACAAAUGUAUGUAUCAUAGAAUAGAGUGCAAUAAGAAUUAAAGAAAAUAUUCCAAUAAUUAUCACUCUAUGUUUAAGCGUGAACCAUUUUCAACUUAGCCUUUUUUCAGUAGCACAACUACAGGAUAAAAUAUGAUGAGUUGAAAACAUGUGUGAUUAUAUAAAGACAUUAUUAUAAUUCUUGUAUGCAAACGCCAAAUUAUAUUUUCAAUUUAUAACGUCUAAAAAUUAAAAAUAAAAAAAAAUUUAUCGAAAUUUAACUAGUUAAUCGUGAAAAAUGAAUUAUCCUUUCAUUUGUUUUAUUUUCAAAGUUAUAUCAAAAUCGAUGUCAAUAAUGUCAGUUUGUUGGUUAAAAUAGUUAAUAUCAAAAUUAGUAAGUAAACAAUUUAAUUUACAGAAAUAAAAAAUUAAAUGCUAAUAAAUAAAAUAUAUAAUAAAAUAUAAUAAAAUAUAAAUAAUUUAUUUUUGAUAAUUAAAAAAUUAAUUAUUUGUAUUUUAUCAUAUUUUAUUAUUCAAAAUGUUUUGCACAUAUUUCAAAUAAUAUAUAAAAAAUACAAAGAAAUGCCAUUUUUAAUUAUAAUUUCCAGAAGAAAAAUAAUAUUUUCGUUUUUGGCUUUUAACUCAAACGGCAUUAAAAUAAAAUGAAUCACGCAAGAAGAUAAUUGUUCUUGAAUAUAUUUUAAAGAAAGUAAACCAUAAAUAAAAGGUGUGCUUGCUAUUUGGAAAAUUUUCAUCUUGAUAAGUAAAAAUCGGCCGGUUCUGUGGAUUUGCCCAUAUGCAGUUUUUUAAUAAAAAAAAGUAAUAAAUUUGACCGAGCAAAAUCACC